AUGUCUGAAUCCAAUGUUAAAGGGAGAGUCUAAGCAAUAUUCGAAAAAUUAGAUAACAUCUCGACUAGUGUCCAAGAUGAGAAGAACAGUAGGUUUCAUAACAUCUCGUAACUCAUUAUGGCUUUUGAAGCAUAAUUACAACACAAUUCUGAAUAAAAAGAGGAAAAAUUCAAUUAUCUUGCCUCAAGGAUGAGAUAACUAGGUGAAUUUUUAGAGUAAGAACAGGAAGAUCGUCUAAGAUAGGAAGCGGAAACCUAAAAGCUACUAACUGAUUUGGAAAGACAUGCUCGUAAGUUAAUUGAAUAGAACUCAAAAGAUAGAGUGGAAUAAGAGCGAAAAAUUGUUUAUUAGAUUGGAUAGCAGGUAGAUAAUUUAUAAGGCGAAGUAGUCAAGGAAGGACUUGUAACAAAAUAUAACAAUAUUUAGGCUUAAUCUGAGUCGUAUUAAUUUGUGGAUGCAUAUAUAAAUGAAGAUCUUCCAAAAUUGGCUGAUGAAUUAUAAAACGAAAUUGGAGAGAGGAAAGAAGUAGAGGGGAAGAUCUAAAUACAAUUUUUACAACAAUUAUAAGAUCUAAAAGAGGCUUUUGAUAGAGAGAAGAAGGAAAGAGAAAUUAAGGAGGAGGAAAUUGUUGAAAGUUUAAGAGAAAUAUCAGGUAGAAUAACUGAGGCUUUGAAAAAGACCAGAACAGAAAGAGAAAAGACAGAAGAGACUCUUGUACAAUUGGUAGAGAAGGUGGUUGAGAAGAUCAAACGGGAAAUGUUAGAAAUGAAUUUAUGA